UACAUUAGUAAAGACAGUCAUGCCAGAUAUCUGAGGACAGAGAACAGGGGCUGUGCUUAGUUAACGUUUGACCAGACAGUCAGCUGACUCUCAGAGCUCCUGUAUAUAUUGGGGAAAUCAACAGCAAAUUGUCUGCUUCAAAGGGGACAUUUAAGGCUCUGAAGAUGCGUGGUAUUUUUAGUUGUGCUCUCGUAGCACUGCUGCUGGCUGCAGCCCUGGCCGACCACAAUGAACAUGACCAUAGUCACCAAGGCCACCAUGGCAACCAUGGUAACCAUGGCCACCAUGGUCACCAUGGAAACCAUGGUGACCAUGACCAUCACCAGCAUCACCACCAUCACCACACUGACUCAGAAAUGACCUGCCACAGGCUGUCACCUGCCAAUGCUGACUUUGCCUUUGCCCUCUACAAAAAUCUUAACAGCAAGGCUGAAGCUGGAAAGAACAUCUUCUACUCACCCGUGGGCAUUUCCUCCGCCCUGUCCAUGCUGUCUGCAGGAGCUCGGGGGGAAACCCACAGCCAGCUGUUCUCCACCUUAGGCUACGGCGCUCACAACCAGGCACAGGUCGACGACUCAUACAAACAUCUUUUCCACAUGCUGGGCCACAGCCAGGAGGAGCAGCAGCUGGAUGUUGGCAAUAUCGCUGCAGUGCGCUCUGGUUUCAACCCUCUGGAGAAGUUCCUGAAUGAUACCAGGGACUCCUACUCCGCUGAAAUCUCUCAAGUUGACUUUAAUGAUCCCACUAGUGCCGCAGCUGAGAUCAACAGAUUGAUCGCCAGUAAGACCCAGGACAAAAUCAAAGACAUGGUGAAGGACUUAGACCCUGCCAUGGCCAUGGUGCUGAUCAACUACGUCUACUUCAGAGGACAGUGGGUGAAACCCUUUGACAGUAACCGGACAGAGGAGGAUGACUUCCAUGUGGAUGAAACCACCAAUGUUCGGGUGAACAUGAUGAAGAGGAUGGGCCGUUUCGACUUCUAUCGGGACUUCGACAACCACACCACAGUCGUCCUGCUGCCCUACAAGGGCAACACCACCAUGAUGAUCGUCCUGCCUGACGAGGGCAAGAUGAAGGAGGUGGAGGGCUUCAUCAGCAAGGAGCACUUAUUACACUGGCAUAACUCGCUCUAUAAGACCUCUGUGGAACUGUCCAUGCCCAAAUUUUCUAUCUCUGCUGAUGCUGCCCUGGAUUGCACCUUGAAAGAAAUGGGCAUAACCAAUGCGUUUGCAGACAAUGCUGAUUUCUCUGGCAUAUCUACAGAGGUCCAACUGAAACUCUCAAAGGCUUCCCAUCAGGCCGUGCUGAGCGUGGAUGAAACAGGCACAGAGGCAGCGGCCGUCACCACCCUGGAGAUCAUGCCCAUGAGUAUGCCUGAAGUCGUGACGCUCAACAGGCCUUUCUUGGCCUUCAUCCUGGAGCACUCGACAAGGAGCAUCCUCUUCAUGGGCAAGAUCAACAACCCCACAGCCAUGUGAAGAACCGAGACAUUUAACAGUGGGGCAGGUUGUUGUAGCUCUGGGACACAUCUGCAGAGAUGUCACAGUGGUGGGAGAACAACAGGGGGUGAGGAAUAGUUGGGGGGACAAGACACCUGAUCAAGCAUCUGUCAGUGAAAUAGCUUUAAGUCUAACAGCAUGGCACACGUUUCCAUCAACUCUAUCUGGCCAGGUGUAUCAAUGUCUGAAUAGAUGAUCACAUAAUGACAUUAGAUUUGUUACAGUCCUAAACCUCUAGUAAAUGUUUCACCCGGGGCAUCUGCUAAAACACUGAGCCAACAAUUUUUAUGCUGUUUCUGUUUCAUCAUUCAAUAAAUGAAAUAAAGACUUGUCACGA